GCCAGAUAUACGUACGUCAGGUAGCUUUCUAGGUAAUUCUUACACGAAAUUACCCCUGACACAACGACUCGAAAGAAACCACUUGAGAAACAGGCCUCUUCGAAAAGAACUGCUGAUUGACUUGGAGAAGCUAUCCUUCCAAGUAGUUAUUUUUGAAAGUAAUUUAAUUACCGUUAUGACAUCGAUAAUAUCUGCGUAGGAUUAAAUGACAAUGAAAGCUAGACGUAGAAAUUGUCGGUAUAUAGCCACCAGGCAGCCAAUGAAAUUACCCCGCGAGAAGCUCCCGGGAGCUCUGCACAAUGAUGUAAACAGUCAAAACGAAGAGGCAUUGAAUUUCGUCAUGACUCGCUUACCUUGAGCUCUGUUUGCUAUUCAACAAGGUAGCAAUCCGUCGAUACAAGAACCGGAUAUCCCCAUUCGCUCCAGCCAAAAUGCACUCUUGGGUUUUGAUGAAAACGUCGAGACGUCAUGACUUCACCAGUCGUCCGAGGCAUCUCCCACCAUAAGAAGCCGCUGGCUGGCAUCGUUCUUCGAGCCGGUGAAUCACCGCAACUGCAAUUCUCUAGACCAGUAUAUCCACUUCAGACAGUCAGAAUGGCAUCCAACAGCCGCAACGAGCCCUUCACCCGCGACAAGCUCUUCGACCUAAAGGGGCACGUAGCGCUCGUGACGGGAGGCGGCUCGGGCAUCGGGUUAAUGGCGACGCAAGCGCUCGUCGCCAACGGCGCCAGAGUGUACAUCACGGGGCGGACCAAGGAGAAGCUCGACCGCGUCGCGGAGCUGUACUCGCAGGGCCAAGACUCCAUCGUGCCCAUCACAUGCGACAUCACGGACAAGAGCCAAAUCGCAAACCUAGCCAAGGAGAUAUCGUCGCGCGAGGCGUGCCUGUGCAUCCUGGUCAACAACGCGGGCGUCAGCGGGGCGACGAUGCAGACCGAGGCCGGCUCGGCCGGGGAGAUGAAGCAGAACCUGUUCGACAGCGAGACGUCGACGGUGGAGGACUGGACGGACGUGUACCGCGCCAACGUCGCGCAGGUCUUCUUCGCGACGACGGCGUUCCUGCCGCUGCUGGAGAAGUCGUCCGAGCGCUUCCCCGGCUGGUCGGGCACCGUGAUUAAUAUCUCGUCGAUCAGCGGGCUCGUUAAGACCGCGCAGCACCACUUUGCGUAUAAUGCGUCCAAGGGCGCUGCGGCCCGUUUAACUAGGAUGUUGGCGUCUGAGGUGGCGGCUAAUAAGCUGGAGAUUCGUAUUAAUUCGAUUGCCCCGGGUGUCUUUCUAAAUGCCGCAGUGACUACCGAAGCCAGCAAUGAAGAUCAGAAGAGUCACAUCGGGAAGGAAAAGUAUGAGAGCAAGGUGCCGGCUGGUCGUCCCGGGAAGGACGAUGACAUGGCGCAGGCGGUGCUAUUCUUUGCCGCUAACCAGUAUUUGAACGGCCAGACCGUUGCGGUGGACGGCGGGUAUACAUUGGCGGCUGGAGAAUAAAAUGAGAGAUUCGUAGCAAAAGGAAGGUUAAAAAGAAGGGUAAUUUUAGCAAGGUAAUGGCGUUCAUGCGAAGUUAUAAAGUAUUGUAUUUGCUGGUAUAACGAAGAUACGAAACGAACCAAUUAAAUCGGCCGUUUGAACUAAUACAUGCAUAUACA